AUGGAACAAAUUAACGUCGCGCAGGCAGAGUGCAAGCAGCUAACGCUGCGGCUCAGUAAGGCCAAGCAGCAGAGUCGAGAUGCUACGUUACAACUUCUGGCCAGUAACUGUCGACAGCGGUUGGAUGGUACUGGUCUCAACUUUAGUGAAUAUCGUACAUUGAAAGGACAUUUUGAUAAGGUGGCAGAUGUAGCAUGGGUUCCUGAUAAUAGACACGUGGUGAGUGCAUCUCAGGACGGCUUUUUGCUAGUUUGGGACAGUAUUACAGGGUUCAAAAGUCAGUUGAUAGAGUUGGACGAUCCUUGGGUGAUGUGCUGUGACGUGUCACGUGAUAGCCGCUUGGUUGCAACCGGAGGUCUUGAAAAUGCCUGUAUAGUCUACAAGCUUGGACUGGACCAAGGCGAUGCUCAGAGUCAAAGUGAAAAGUCAAUUUUGGCAAUAUUUAAGGGCCAUAGAGAGUACAUUUCGGGACUCUCCUUUCUCAGUGGUUCUUCGUCACAGAUUGUCACGUGUUCCGGAGACAAGUCUUCGAUUCUAUGGGAUACUACCAAGGGUGGCCAGGUUGGCACGUAUUACGGACAUCUAGGAGAUGUAUUAUCACUGAGUGUAAAUAAACAGGACCCCAAUGGGUUUGUCACAUGUUCGUGUGACCGCAUGGCAUUAGUAUGGGAUGCAAGAAUACCUACAAGCGUGAGGAAGUUUUCGGUAUCUAAUGUGUGCGACGCAUCUGCAGUACAAUUCUUCCCGGAUGGUCACAGCUUUGCAUGUGGAUCAGAUGAUGGUACCAUAAAGAUGUUUGACAUGCGAUCUGAUGGAGAGAUUGCGGAGUAUGGAACGAGCGAGAUACGGAAAUAUAAAUUGAAAGCUUCGAGGAUGUACCCCACGGCUGCUAGUACCACAUCAGGAUUGAUGGGAUCAGCACAGGCAUCUAUGGAGGCAUCAAUAGACAACCCCGGUGUCGUUUCGAUAGAUUUUAGUCGAAGCGGGAGACUCCUGUUCACUUCAUAUGGUGAACUUAACUCUGUUAUAGUAAGAGACACAAUUACAGGGGAGAUAAUAGGAUCUCUAGAGGGUCAUAGAGAGUGUAUCAAUCGUAUAAAGGUGUCGGAUGAUGGAUUGGGUAUAGCGACGGCCAGUAGAGACCAUACGGUGAAAAUAUGGAGUUGUUAG